ACCUCUGCCCGCCCGCUCGACUCACGACAUGAGACUGCUCCAGGCUGUGCUCCUGCUGGCCGCGGGCCUCUGCGCUGCCCAGGCCUUGAACAACAGGGCUCUAAACCAGUUCAGAAAAAUGAUCCUGUGUGUGAUGCCUGACAGCUGGCCCGUCCUGGACUACGCCGACUACGGCUGCUACUGUGGCAUGGGAGGCUCCGGUACCCCCGUGGACGAACUUGACAGGUGUUGCCAGGUGCAUGACCAGUGCUACAGUGAUGCCAUGCAGCACGAUGAGUGCUGGCCCCUGCUGGACAACCCCUACACCGAGCUGUACCACUACGACUGCGACGACGAUGACAAAAAGGUCACCUGUGGACGGAAAAAUGACGACUGUGAGAUGUUCAUCUGUGAGUGUGACAGGAAGGCCGCUGAAUGUUUUGCCAAGUCCACCUGGAACCCCGAACAUGAGCACCUGCCCAGCAACCAAUGCAAAUAAAUACCAAUGCAAAUAAACCUCAUGCACACAGUGACUACCGACUUUAAACUGAGAUAUCUGUCUUUUCUUUCUACCCUCUCUCUCUCUCUUCCUGAGAGUGAUGACUACUGUACCAAAAUGAUGUAUCAACACUCAUUCUGACAUUCAAUUAGUAGAUAGUUACUAGAUAGAUAGA